CUUGUGACAGUAGAGACUAGAGUUGUUUCCAAAGUUGCGGCUAGAGAACGCAACUUUAAUCCAAUACGGCUCUCUAUUUUUCUUUCGUUUUCUUUUAAAUUUCUUUUUCUAAUUUAAUUGAAAACAAAUUCAUUUGAAUUAAUAACAAUUGACAAGGAAUGAUUGUUGUAUAAGCAUAAUCACAAUACGAAGGUUUUGUUCAGCUUUAUUUUCCUCUGAUAGUGGACUUUGCCCUAUUCCGUCUUGCCUGUGUACAUUUUGAACGUCAUCACAUAAAAAAUUCCCAAUAAAAAAUACCUCAACUAGAAAAUAAGGUUGAUUCGAACUGAUAAAGAAAAUAGAAUUUAUAAUAAUCGAAGAGCAAAGUUCACAGGGGGUACAUUUAAGUGAAAUUAUUGAAGAGGCUAAUCAACGAAAAAAAAAAUUCAAAACAAUGUCAGAAGCAGCUCCCGAACAAAAAGUCAAUCCAAUAAAAUCGUUUAUUAGUGGCGGUUUUGGUGGAAUAUGCAAUGUUCUCUCAGGUCAUCCUCUGGAUACUAUUAAGGUCCGUUUACAAACAAUGCCAACACCAGCACCAGGCACUGCCCCACUAUACAAAGGCACAUUUGAUUGUGCCAGUAAGACUAUUCGCAACGAAGGUGUUCGUGGAUUGUUCAAGGGCAUACAAGCUCCCCUAACUGGAGUGGCGCCCAUAUUUGCAGUUUGCUUUGCUGGUUAUGGUUUGGGAACAAGAUUGCAACAGACUGAAGAUAAUAAAAAACUUAGCUAUGGACAAGUUUUUAUUGCUGGUUCAUUUUCGGGAAUAUUCUCAACGGCGAUUAUGGCACCGGGUGAGAGAAUCAAGUGUUUGUUGCAGGUGCAAUCGGAUGUAAAGGGUGCCAAGAAAUACGAUGGCAUGAUAGAUUGUGCUAAGAAAUUGUACAAAGAAGGUGGCUUGAGGAGUAUAUUUAAAGGAAGCUGUGCAACUAUGUUGCGAGAUGUACCUGCUAAUGGAAUGUAUUUCUUGGUCUAUGAGUAUCUACAAGAUAUGGCUAGAGAGAAGUCUGGCGGUGAAAAUGUUGGUGUUUAUUCAGCACUAUUUGCCGGUGGUAUGGCUGGUAUGUCUUAUUGGAUCUUGGGAAUGCCAGCUGAUGUGCUUAAAAGUCGAUUACAAACAGCACCUGAAGGAACUUAUAAACACGGUAUACGUAGUGUCUUUGCUGAUUUAAUGAAAAAAGAUGGUCCAUUGGCAUUGUAUCGUGGUGUUGUUCCGGUUAUGAUUCGUGCCUUCCCAGCGAAUGCUGCCUGCUUCUUUGGCAUUGAAGUGUGCAAUACAUUUAUGAAAAAAGUUGGUUUUUAAUUUUGUUUCAAUUUUAUUAAAAAAAAAAGAGGCAAAGACUCGAACAAAAAUAGUGUGUUCUUGAAAAAACAACAACAAAAAAAAAUAUGUUAUUUAAUAGUUUUCAUUUUUGUAAAAUAAAAAAAACAUCGUUUGUAUUUA